CACAACGCUUGCGUCGAUACCCGCUGCUCUGACUCGCCCGAUCCAAUGCCUCAGGAUUGCUUAGCUUGACUGGCCGAAUUGGCCAAACUGGCGUGCUUCCAUUUCCCAGUCCAUUGACAAUCUACAGUCCACUAUUCGCAGAACUGGGCAUUGAGCGGAUAUGCAUUGCCACUUCGAUGCAGAUCCCAUUGGCCACCGCAAUGCAAGUAAAUACGUUGUUGAUUCCCUUACGUCUCUCUUUGUCACCAUGUCCCUGCCGUUGUGCUGUCAUACAUAGAGAUAUCGAUAAAAUCUGCAGGCAGAUGGCCAAUUGAUAUCCAUUUUUCCCUAUCUCUAUCUCGCUGCGUUUCUCAUAUACAUCUCAAUAUCUCGGUAGCAUUCACGUUCCAAACACUUACAGCAGGAGUUUGAGAAAUGGACGAUUCCAAGGAUUCAAGGUCAUGGCUCCCGAGCUUCUUUCGGUCUAAAACAUCGUCGCCGACGUCUACCCCGCCAAACGAGCGUUCACCCCUCGUUCCCAAGUCUCGUCGCUCUACAGGUACCACAGCAGCAGAGGGCUCAACGAGCUCGGAAGGAGAGACUUUUGUAGUUGACGACGAACAAUCUAUAACACGACAAUGGCUCUCGGAAUUCCUUAUCUUAUUACGAGGCUCAGUGCCAGUGAUAUUAGCAUAUACACUCCAGAACUCUCUACAGACUUUCUCGGUCUUGAUAGUUGGACGACUAAGCCCUGAGGCAUUGGCAACAGCUGCAUUCAGCUACAUGUUUGCUAUGUCGACGGCGUGGUUGAUUGCCUUGGGAGGAUCGACUGCUCUCGAUACAUUAGCAUCCUCUACUUUUACCGGGAGCAAGAAUCCCCAUGAUCUUGGAGUGCUUCUGCAGCGAGCCUUUAUUGUCCUUACCCUAUUCUACAUCCCAGUCGCUAUUCUCUGGGCCUGCUCAGCACCUGUCUUCAGACUCCUAGGUCAAGAAGAAUACAUCUGCGUCGACAGCGCCAAGUUCCUCACGGCCUUGAUCCCCGGCGGGUUGGGCUACAUUUACUUCGAAGCUAUGAAGAAAUACCUACAAGCACAAGAAAUCAUGCGCCCAGGGACCUACGUCCUCCUCCUCACCUCCCCCCUAAACAUCGCCCUCAACUACCUCUUCGUCUACACCUUCAAACUACACCUCAUCGGCGCCCCCCUCGCAACCGGCCUCUCAUACUGGAUCUCUUUCCUCCUGCUCGUCCUCUACGCGCGCUUCAUAGCCGGCUCCCGCUGCUGGGGAGGCUGGACUCGCGCCUGUCUCUCCAACAUCUCUACAUUUGCUCGCUUAGCUGUCCUAGGCGUCAUCCACGUUGGCACCGAAUGGUGGGCCUUUGAAAUCGUCGCUCUGGCAGCGGGACGACUGGGCACAAUUCCUCUGGCGGCGCAAAGCGUCAUUAUGACUACGGAUCAGGUUAUGAAUACGAUUCCGUUCGGGAUCGGCGUCGCGGCUUCGGCGAGGGUGGGUAAUUUGCUGGGAGCGAGGAAUGCGAAGGGGGCGGCGAGGGCGGCGAAUGUGGCCGCUUGGUUGAGUAUGAUUAUGGGGCUUCUGGUGUUGAUUGUUUUGAUGGCUGUUAAAGACUUCUAUGCCAAGAUAUUUAACGAUGAUGUGGAUGUUAUCAAGCUUACGGCUGAUGUUAUGCCGUAUGUUGCUUUGUUUCAGAUCGCCGAUGGACUGAAUGGUUCUUGUGGUGGUAGUUUGAGGGGCAUGGGACGACAGCAUAUUGGUGCUGCUGUCAAUUUGGUGAGUUAUUAUAUGGGAGCUUUACCUUUGGGGAUUUGGUUGGCUUUUCAUGGGUGGGGAUUGGCGGGACUUUGGGUGGGGCAGUGUAUUGCGUUGUAUCUUGUGGGAGCAAUUGAGUGGGUUGUUGUUGCGUGGAGUGAUUGGGAGUGGCAAGUCAAGAAGGCUUUCGAGAGGAUGGAUCAUGGUGAUGUUAUGGAAGGUGGGGAUGGAGAUAUGUUGCCGGAGGCAUUACCUUACGGUGGUGCAGCUGGUGGGGAGAGGCCAGAUGUUUGAAAGACAUGGAAGUGUUAUGAUUGACGAUUUACGAUGGUACGAUACUAUAGAGCGAGGGGGCCGUUUUUUCUUGUAUUUAAGAUUAUUAAAAACUUGAGUGGUCUAGAUAUGCUUUCCAAGUAC